AUGUGCACUUUCUGCCACGCAUGCGUAGUAGCAGCUACGUGCUCUCCGGCACAUUCUGGUUCUGUAGCUAACUGAAGCUAAGCUAGGCUAGGCUAUUCUCUGUCUGCUGCUGUAACGGUCCGAGCCAGCACCGAGUCCGUCUCUAUUCAGACCCGGUUCAGGCCGUUAACACGGUACCGGUUCUGACCCGGAACCUGCGCCGACAGCAGAGGCAACAGUCUGCGCUGUUAGCAUCGGCAGCUAGCUUUAGCUCAGCUCCAGCAGAGAGAAUCAAAACAGAGCUAACAGAAGCUAACUGAAGCUAACGCUGGCUAGCAGCCUGGGAGCAGAACAACAUGGCGACAGAGGAGAAGAAACCGGAGACAGAAAACAUCAAACAGCCUUCGUCCUCCUCAGGAUCCGGCAGUAAGUCUAAUCCGGCCAAACCAAACUACACAGUGAAGUUCACGCUGGCCGGACACACGAAGGCCGUCUCUUCUGUCAAGUUCAGCCCCAACGGAGAGUGGCUCGCCAGCUCCUCCGCUGAUAAGCUGAUAAAGAUUUGGGGAGCGUUCGACGGAAAGUUUGAGAAAUCCAUCGUCGGACACAAACUGGGCAUCUCUGAUGUCUCCUGGUCUUCGGACUCCAACUUGCUGGUUUCUGCCUCCGACGACAAAACGCUCAAGAUCUGGGACAACAACUCCGGGAAGUGUCUGAAGACUCUGAAGGGUCACAGUAACUACGUCUUCUGCUGUAACUUCAACCCUCAGUCCAACCUGGUGGUGUCUGGAUCGUUUGAUGAGAGCGUUCGUAUCUGGGACGUUAAGACAGGAAAAUGUCUGAAGACUCUGCCGGCUCACUCUGACCCCGUCUCUGCUGUUCACUUCAACAGAGACGGCUCGCUCAUCGUCUCCAGCAGCUACGACGGCCUCUGUCGUAUCUGGGACACAGCAUCCGGACAGUGUCUGAAGACUCUGAUUGAUGACGACAAUCCUCCGGUGUCUUUCGUCAAGUUUUCUCCAAACGGAAAAUACAUCCUUGCCGCUACACUGGACAACACGUUGAAGCUGUGGGACUACAGCAAGGGAAAGUGUUUGAAGACGUACACCGGCCAUAAGAAUGAGAAGUACUGCAUCUUCGCCAACUUCUCUGUCACAGGAGGGAAGUGGAUCGUGUCGGGCUCUGAGGACAGCAUGGUUUACAUCUGGAACCUUCAGACCAAAGAGAUCGUUCAGAAACUACAAGGACACACGGACGUGGUGAUCUCGACCGCCUGUCAUCCAACAGAAAACAUCAUCGCUUCAGCCGCUCUGGAAAACGACAAAACCAUCAAACUGUGGAGGAGUGACUGUUAGACUGAAGGAGACUCACGGGUCCAGAACCUGAACUGUCCUGGUUUAACUACACACAGAUUAUCACUGAUAGUCCACAUAAACACAGAAUCAGUUUGACGUCAUCUGUCUGAUGUGAACACACACAGAGCCAUGAACACACAGUCAGACCAGGUCCCACGGUGUCCCGGUUUCAGACCAAAAACCACUUCAGUCUCUUCACACUGAAAGAAAAUGAUUAAAAUCAGCCGAUUUUUGAGUGAGGUUUUGUUGGAGUGAGCAUUUAUAGGACGAGUUUUACAAUCCAGAUCUUAUUAAAUCAUUUCUGAUCACAGUUCAGACAGCGCACCCAAAGACAGGAAGAGGCCUUUAGUUUUAAUUCCCUCUUUUAUAUUUUAGUUUGCUAUUAAUAAGUUCAUCACUUCCUCCCUUUCACAUUAAAAGAAUUCCAGUAGUUCAGGGGACAAAAUCAUUUCCCUUCUCUGAAAGAUUUUAUUUAUGUAGUUUUUCUUAGAAUUAUCCAAACAGGAAAAAACUGAAGUAAUAAAUAUUUAAGUGUAAAAUCCAUUAGUGAAUUACUAAAAGGUGCCCACCUUGUUCAUACAUUAUAAUAAUUUCCUUUAUUCAAGCCUAAAGAUACAGAUCUUCCGGCAGGUCCAUGAAUGCACCGCACAUCUGUUCAGUUUGACUGCAGGAAGCUCGAAAAGCCUUUUAAUCCCCAACUUGAAGUAUUAGUAGUAAACCAUCGUAUGUUCAAAGAAAUAUAAAAAAUAUACCGUCAAGUUGCUAACAGAAACAAGUCAACAUAACUUGGAGCAUAAAGGAAGCUCAUAAUCAAUAAUCAGGUCCAUUUUUUAGUCUCCAAUGACGCGACGUCACUAUGACAUCAUCAGGGUUAUUUUCUCCUCCAGAGACGCAGAAGAGUUUUUACAGGCCGAGGAGGAAAAUCAGCAAACGUUCCCUUUAAUUAAAAACAAAU